AUGUCUACAGCAUCAUGUGUCGAUCCACGAUACUUUACAAGAUACCAUGCAAAUGGAGCAGGUAUAAUAUUAAAUUUAGACAUAAAGGUAGAGACUACUAUGUAUAAUAUUCAAAUGGUGGUUUAUUAAAGGAUAGUCAAACUCAUUUUGAUGGAGUAUAUGAAAGAGCAGGAUUAGGAAAGAAGGAAGUACAAAUAAGUUUGCCUAGUAUAACACCAAAAUUCUAACAUUAUCCUAAUGAUGGUUCAGGAAGGGAUUUUUACAUUACGUAGAAAUUGAUUAUAAAAUGACAGAUGCAAUGAAGGUGGUUAAUUACAAAAUUAAAGGAAGUUCAAUUAUUUAUUAAAUUUACGAUCUUACAAAAAAAUACCUGAAGAACCGUUAUAAAAUGAUUUUCUUCGUAGAACUUGUUAUACUACAAAGAGACAAGUGUUAAAAUCAAGACAAUUACAAAGGUAUGAUUUAAUCUCAUUAUUCUAGCUAAUAAAAAUAAUUAACUUUGAAAUUAUGUAGUCCAAAAAGCACAAAGUGAAU